CAGAAGUAAGAGCUCAUCGUCGCUUGCAUCCCCUUGCACUUUGUGUUUCCGCACACUUGGGGGGGGGGGGUAUGGGGAUCUUGUCGUCCGUUGGGGGUCUGGUUGGUGCAGUGCCUCAACAGAAAGGAGAAGAUGUCCUUGCACAACAACCAAAGGAUAAAUACCCAUCUGUGGUGAAGUAUCAGCAGCAGCUGGAGGCAGACACUGCAGAUGACGCACGCACAGAAGAGGAAGGCCGGUGCUUGACAGAGUCCGCUGACGAGAUCGAUGAAGCGAUAGAAAACUACAAGGCCAAAAAUGGCAGAUUCUUUGAACCGGACAUUUCAGAAGACAGUGAGGAAUAUUCGGAUUUGAGGAGCCCGGAAGCGGAAAUCAUGGAUUCGUUCCUCGGUGACAUCAGCACAGCUGAAUCGUCCUCGCUUGCACGCCGGCAAAGCGGCAACGAUGAGGGGCAACGGCGUUUGGAACAGUCGGAUGCAAGUCAGAGCGGCUCGAAGAAUCUGAACACAGUCCGCUUGUCGAAAGACGAGGUCUUCCAGAGAUAUGGUGCAGAAAGAAGGCAGUCUUUGCGUGCAGAGGGGCUUGCGCAUGUCACGAUGCCCGAGCACGGUAGCGAGUAUUGGGCCACCGAGGCUCGCCAGGGCGCUGGUCAGCGACAGGGUGCGAACGAUGCGUCAAGAGCGCAAAUGUUGGAAGACUUCGGUUAUGCGGUGCUGAUGGAGGAGCAUGGCCUUCUUUCUGAAGAAGAAGAAGAGAAGGGGCUGCAUAGCGGCCAACAAUCGCCCGGCGGAGGAGUGCCUCCUUCGAGGGAGAGUUCCGGAGGCGUCAUGCGAAUGCUCGAGGACAAUGCGUUUCAGGUCCUUAUGGAAGAGGGCGGGGGCGGGGGGGGCACUACCUCAGAUGAGGAGCUAGAGUCUAUGCUUGGCGCUGCUCUCGGACCUGCCGACGAUGAAGAUAUCGAAGAGAUACCGAGAGCACCGCCUUCAUUCGACAGUCGUUCGCCGGAGAUCAUGCCCAUCCAACGGAACAUCGGCGUGAUGAAAAUGUUGGAGGAAGACGGCUUUGAAGUUUUAUUCGAAUCGGAUGAAGAUGGGAGAAGAACAGGCGAGGGUUCCGAGAUGAGCGAUGACCCGGGUCUCGCCCAUGCGCAGCACAAGGGCGAGGAGGUCGAUAGUCCAGCAGAACAACCGCAACGCUUUUCAUUCGCUGGUUCAUCCUCCUCUAUGGGUGGUCGGUUUGGUGAUGACAACAACGGCCGUGGCCAGGGCCGCUGAGGAACGACUCCGCAAUCUGUGGAGGAGGCUUUUACUAUAUCCUCCCUUACGUAGCGAACUUAAGUUACGAGCGGCUUAUACCAUAGACUGGGGACUCUGUUGGAUAGACAAGAAAAGAGAAAGGAAAGAGGGAUACUGCAGCUCGUUCCUGGUGUUCCGAUGGGGGAUGCGAGCCAAUUUGACGUGGGCGUAUGUCCAUUUGGCUUGCGCAUGCAUGGGUUUAUAUUUGACGUGCACAUGCAUGCGUUGGUUGAUGUGACGCGCCGAUGCGCGUAGUCCGAAGCGUGCUCUUCCCACGUGCCAAUUCGACGAU